UUGCAGCGCCGCCGGGGUCGCUAAGUGCGGAGGGACCGCUGGGCCGCGAGCGCCGCCUCUCCCGGGAGGGGGCGCCGCCGCCGGGCGCGGGCGGGGUGGUGAGACCCCCUCGUCGGGGACCUGUGACCCCCCCCUCCCCCGUCCCAGCUCCCCAGGGUGGCGCCCGGACCCACCCGCUCCCCCCCCGCCGACCGUGACGACAAAUCUGUGCGUUUCUCACUGAGGCCGAGCUAGGAUCCUGGGACUCGGGUCUGGGUGCUCCUGCUCCGCUUUUGGCCGUGUCUUGUCCCCCGGCCGUCCCCAAACAGGAAGUCCUUCUCCCGAGAGACGCCCAGGACCGGGCCGCUGUUUCCGCGCGGGGCUCUGCGGAGGGCUGGAGGCCGCGGCCCGGCGGGGUCCCCACCGCACCCCACCUGGCGGGCCGGGGGCUGGGCUGGCCGCGCCCCCCACCCGCACCCCCCUGCGGCCUCGGGUGGGGGGAGGCCCCGAGCCAGAUCCGCCCGGGGCCUUAGUGGCUCUCGGCGCUUGUGCUUUUCCCUGGAAGAAGAGCCUAUCUGUGAUUUCCGGGCUUUUGGCCUGAGCCGCACGGUUCUCAUUUCCAGCCGCUGGAGGGUCCCACUCCCUGAGCUACCUCUUCAUGGGCGCCUCAGUGCCAGACCUUGGGCUGCCCCUGUUCGAGGCCUUGGGCUACGUGGACGACCAGCUGUUCGUGUCCUACAAUCACGAGAGUCGCCGGGCAGAGCCCCGCGCCCAGUGGCUCGAGGAUGGGGCCCCCAGCCAGCUGUGGCUGCAGCUGAGUCAGAGCCUGAAAGGGUGGGAUCACAUGUUCAUCGUGGACUUCUGGACCAUCAUGGACAACCACAACCACAGCAAGGUCACAAAGCUCGGGGUGUCGUCAGAGUCCCACACACUGCAAGUGAUCCUGGGCUGUGAGGUGCAAGAGGACAACAGCACCAGGGGCUUCUGGAAGUAUGCCUACGACGGGCAGAACUACCUUGAAUUCCGCCCUGAGACGCUGGACUGGAGGGCAGCAGAGCCCAGGGCCUGGGCCACCAAGCUGGAGUGGGAAGUGAGCGCGAUUCGGGCCAAACAGAACAGGGCCUACCUGGAGAGGGACUGUCCCAUGCAGCUGCAGAGUUUGCUGGCGCUGGGGACAGGGGUUCUGGACCGGCAAGUGCCUCCCUUGCUGAAGGUGACUCAUCAUGUGGCCUCUGCAGUGACCACUCUACGGUGUCAGGCUCUGAACUUCUACCCCCAGAACAUCACCAUGAGGUGGCUGAAGGACAGGCGGCCACUGGAGGCCAAGGACGUUGAGCCUCAGGACGUGCUGCCCAACGGGGACGGGACCUACCAGGGCCGGUUGGCCGUGGCCGUGCCUCCCGGGGAAGAGCACAGAUACACCUGCCUGGUGGAGCACCCGGGGCUAAACCAGCCCCUCGCUGCCACGUGGGAGCCGUCGGUGCCCAGCACCCUGGUCAUUGGAGCCAUCAGUGGGAUCGCUGUGUGUGUCAUCCUCUUUGUUAUUGGAGUUCUGUUCCGAAUCUUCAGGAAAAGGCAGGCUUCGAGAGGAGCCAUGGGGGACUACGUGUUGGCCGAAUGUGAGUGACAGGCAGCCUGGGACCUCUCAUGGGAGAAGACAUGGAGACUGAAAGAGAGGGCGCCCUGGGGCCUUCUUUGCUUCCAAGACUGAGUCGGACCUACCAAGUAGGAAGCCACCGAGGAACUCUCUGCUUGCGGCCUUCCCCGUUCAUUCUCGAGAAGUUUCUCUCAUUUAGGUUUUUGAGUUCCUGCGCCUCUCCGGAACCGGCUCUCAGGAAUCUCCAGCCGCCUCUAGGGUCUGCCCUAUUUUCUGCACCAUUUCGGACUCCGUAUACCUAUGACCUCUUCUCUCCCACCUCUGGAAUAGGGCUCCUAAAAUUUUGGGGGGCUCACAGUUCCUUUCAACAUCUGAGAAAAACCGUGAACUUUCCCCUUGGGACAUGGGAGUCUCAUACCCUUACCAGAAUUUUGCACACACAUCCCGGCAUUUUCUAGACCCAUCCAAGUUUCCUUUUGACCCCCCGCCCUCUCUGUUACCCAGCAAUUCACCUGUCACCAAGUCCUGUGGUCUUUUCCGCCAGAGGUUGAAGUGGGUCAUUGUACAGCCGUGAGGGCCGUGCACUGCACAACCCAAGGAGGCCCAUUUCCCAGAAGGGCUCUCAGGCGUGGAUGUUUGUGUCCUGUGAUAGUUUUCCAGAAAGUGGGUGGGAAGUGUCUUGACGAGGGGCAUCGUUUUUCUAAUUGGCAAAAAAAGUGUCAUAUAGGUUUCUGUAUGGGAAUGAUUUACGUGAAGGCGUCUACGAUGCCUCUGGGAUAUGCCAGAGUUGAAGGAACACGGUAAUUUCCCACUUGGUCUCAGAUGCUAUGAAGUGAUAAUGAAAAUGAAAAUAAGGAGGAGGAGGAGGAGGAUAACGUGGGGGAUUUACUUGCUGCCAGACCGAGUUCUGAGCCCUGCUGACUCGCGUUAUCUCAUACAAUUCUUACAAUAAUUGUUUCAUGUUAGUACUAUUAUCCUCAUAUUUUUUUAGAUGAAGCAAAUGUAUCCCCGGCCUGCCAGGGAGAGAGGCAGGUUUCAGCCUCUGUCGGAUUCUGAUCCCUGUCCCGCACCAGUGCAUUCAGGCGGUUUAGACGUCGCCCAGGAAAUGGAGAAGUUGGGGAGUGGGGGGACGGCUCUUCCUGUCUGUCUCGGUGUCUUUACUCUCAGUGAGCUGGAUGGAAAUGAAGGGGAAACGGCAGAAAAUCAUCCCAACCACGUUUCCUUUCAAAGUCUCUGGGGAAAGCACUCCACCCCCCCCCACCUGCUCUGUCUGGCAUCGCUCCCGGGCCCCCAGGUCAGGGCUGUCAUUGCUGGUGUCAGCCUGUCGCCGUGUUGGACCUCACGGUGUUUGCCCUCUGCCGGGGCCACCAGAGUCACAACGCCGGUGGCAUUUCCCCUCCAAGAACCAGAGCAACCCUUGUCAUAUGAAGGAUGGCAAAAAUGGGGGGCCCGGUGGGUUAAGCGUCUGACUCUUGGUUUCGGCUCAGGUCAUGAUCUCGUGGUUCGGGAGUUCGAGCCCCACGUCGGACCCGGGGCUGACAGCGCGGAGCCUGCUUGGGGUUCUCUCUCUUCCCCUCUCCCUGCCCCCCACCCUUGCGCGCUUUCUCAAAAUACAUAAACAUUAAAAAAAGUUGUUUUGAAGAUGUUAAAACGGAAACCACCAAGCAACCUGUUGGCACCCUGGCAUCUUCCUCCUCCCCAACUGUGCACGUUAAAAAAGAAACUGACCUGGGGCGCCCGGGGGGCUCAGUCGGUUAAGCGGCCGACUUGGGCUCAGGUCACGAUCUCCCGGUCCGUGAGUUUGAGCCCCGCAGCAGGCUCUGUGCUGACAGCUCAGAGCCUGGAGCCUGUUUCAGAUUGUGUCUCCCUCUCUCCCUGACGCUCCCCCACUCGUGCUCUGUCUCUCUCUGUCUCAAAAAUAAAUAAAUGUCAAAAAAAAAAAAAUUAAAGACCAAAUAAAGCUCGACAGGUUGUUUGGUAGGUAUUGAAUUUGGGCAAAGAGAUCUCGAUUUUUUUUUUAACUUUUCUUUUUUUCUGGUUACGAAAAUUAAGUAGAUAAAAAGCACGCAUAAUUUGUGCUCACUGUAGAAAAGGUGACACUGUCAUUCCAUUGGCGAGUGGUAAACCCAAUUAACGACCUAUGUACUUCCUCUCAGUGUUGCUAUAUUAAAACAUAUAAAAGUAACAAAUGCAUUUUAAUAAACAUACGUGAAUUGCA